UCCUAUUUAGCUUUUUAUACAUCUUGAUAUUGACAUUCUACGUAAUUGCAACUUUUAUUUCGUUUUCAUCAUUCGCUUUUUUGUAAAAUUAUUACACCUAAAAUAAAGUAUUGUAACUUUGUUCAAUUAAAAUAUAAAAAUGUCUUCAAAGCAAACAGCUAAAAAGUAUAAAUGGGCUUUGGAUUUUAACAAUAUAAAAAAUGGAGACUUGUCAUCUCCUCCGGGUUACAAUCCGUCAGUACUAGUCAACCACACUGAAGUGGUGAGAGAUCAACGACUUGUUAUUAAGAAGUCCUGGGACUUGGCGCUUGGUCCUUUGAAGCAGAUUCCGAUGAAUUUGUUCAUCAUGUACAUGUCGGGUAGUUCCAUAUCGAUAUUCCCCAUAAUGAUGGUUGGCAUGAUGCUUAUCCGACCACUUAAAGCAAUGUUUUCCACUUCAGUCACUUCCAAAAUGGCGGAAGGAGCACAAGGCAGUGGUCAGAAACUCGUAUAUUUUUUGGGAAAUAUGGCAAAUGUAGCUGUCGCAUUAUACAAAUGUCAUAGCAUGGGCUUAUUACCAACACAUGCAUCCGACUGGCUCGCAUUUGUAGAACCUCAAACACGUCUUGAGUAUUAUGGCGGUGGAGUAUCGUUUAUUUAAGUACUGGUAAAGAGUGGUUUAUAAAAUACCGUUGACAAUGCAACCAAGUAUUACACACUUUUUAAAUCGAGCAAAUCACCUAGGACUUUCCUUUAUAAAGGAGGCUCUUAAAUUCAUGUGAAGUCUUUAAUUCAAGAGAUUAAAAUGAAAUGUUCCUAAUACCGAAGAUGAGUGCAACAUUAAAAUAAUCAAACAAACAUUUACACAUGUUCGGAGAGGCAAA